UUCGAAGAAGAGACGAUCCUUAAGUCUUUUGAGACCACUGGUAUAUCACUAUUCGACCCAGAGGUGAUCCUCAGAAGAUUCAAGAAAACCACCCAGGAUGAUAACCAAGGGUCACGAGAGAGCUCUAAGAAAGACGCACAGAAGCUUAGGCGCUCACUCCACCAUAUUUCAGCUAAAGUUCAGCUACUCCACCACGAGAAUGCUGGAUUAAGAGAAGCUCUCGCCAUCAAAACGAAGCACAAGAAGAACGUCAAACCUCUUGAUCUCCAACAGCGUCAAGAGUACCAUGGUGGGGCGGUCUUCUGGUCAUCAAGCAAGGUUAGGAAGGCUCGCGUACGUCAGUCGGUGAAGGAG